AUGGCGGGCGAAGGGGGAAAUUCAGAAGCUGACGAGAAGCAAAAUCCCACAUGUAGCUUUGAUCUUACAAAAUUGAGAGAGAAAGUUCGAAAUUACAUAGACACACACCAUUAUGACUCAGCACUGUUCUGGGCUGACAAGAUUGUCUCUCUUUCAAAUGGUGACGUGGAUGAUGUAUACUGGUAUGCCCAGACUCUGUACCAGACAGGGCAGUACCACCGGGCUUCAAAGCUGCUGCGAACAGCUAAACUGGACAAGACGAAUUCAGCAUGUAGAUACCUUGCAGGUCUUUGCCAUUAUGAAUGUAAAGAAUGGCAGGAAUCGUUAAACAUCCUAGACAUGGUUGACAACAACAAACUGCGAUCUUUUGCACCUUGCCUUAGUGAAUCUCACAUUGACACCAAUAACAAAGAGCCAAUGGAGCAUUCUAUAAACCUCCUACGUGGCAAGAUUUAUGAAGCCAUGGACAACAGGAACCUGGCUGUGGAAUGUUUCCGGGAGGCUCUACGUCAGGAUGUGUACUGCUUUGAGGCAUUUGAUCUUCUUGUUAACCACCACAUGUUGUCAGCACAGGAAGAAAGAGAGUUGAUUGAUUCGUUACCAUUUGCAUUGCAAUGCCCAGAAGAGGAAGUGGAACUUGUCAGAUUUUUGUAUGAAAAUAAAGUUAAAAAGUACAACAAGCCCCAGAAUCAGUCGGUACCCAACUCUUUGUGUGCCCUCAAGGAAAAUUUAGAUGUGGUAGUCAACCUUGCAGAGCGACACUAUUACAAUUGUGAAUUUAGAGAUUGUUAUAAAAUAACUUCAAGGGUGCUGUCUAAGGAUCCCUACAACAGUCAGUGUCUUCCCCUACAUAUAGCAGUGCUAGUGGAAUUAAAAAACUUAAAAGAAUUAUUUUACUUGGCACACAAGUUAGUGGAUCUCUACCCAAACAAGCCGGUGUCUUGGUUUGCUGUAGGGUGUUACUACUUGCUCAUUCCUGACAACAUAGAACCAGGUCGUCGAUAUCUCAGUAAGGCCACCUCCAUGGACAGGGUAUAUGGUCCAGCCUGGCUCGCGUUUGGUCACUCGUUUGCGACAGAAAAUGAACAUGACCAGGCCAUGGCGGCUUACUUCACAGCAUCCCAGUUGAUGAAGGGUUGCCACCUGCCCAUUCUGUAUGUCGGACUCGAGUAUGGCCUCACCAACAACAGUAAGCUGGCUGAGCGUUUCUUCAGUCAGGCUCUCAGUAUAGCUCCAGAAGACCCCUUUGUUUUACAUGAGAUGGGUGUAAUAGCCUUUCAGAAUCUUGACUGGAUAAAAGCCCAUCAUUACUUUAAGGAGGCUCUGUCUAAGGUAGAGAGUGUGAGUGAUCAGAUAAUGGUGGAGAAAUGGGAACCACUCCUCAACAACCUGGGGCACACCUGUCGAAAACUCAAGAGGUAUGAGGAAGCGUUGGAUUAUCACAGACAAGCACAGGUUCUCUCCCCACAGAAUCCAUCUACCUACUCCGCCAUCGGCUACUGUUAUGUGUUGAUGGGAAAUAACAUCAUGGCAGUAGACUACUUCGACAAGGCUUUAGGGAUCAGAAGAGAUGACACUUUCUCAACAACCAUGUUAAACAAUGUGAUGGAAGCCCUGAUGAUUGAAAUGUGCCCUUGUGAUGACAUGCCAGAAGAAGACAUGCAAGUCUCCAAAAAAAUAAUUUUUGAGACACCUGAAAGCCAUAAAGAGAGUCGUGGAGGUGUCCCUUCUGAAGCUGAGGCGGAUAGCAGUAGCAUCAUGGUGAUAGAGGAACUUGAUAUGGACGAAAGUGAUUGAUUGACUGAUUCAGUCAUAUUUGUGAUCAUCAAGAAGAAAAAUUUCAAAAAUCAAGAAUUAUUUUCCCCUCGCAACAAAAGUUCUAGGAGAUAUAGAAAUGUUUGUUACACUCUUUGUCAUCGCUCUAGCCACUUCAUUCCUCAACGGAAUUUCGUGAAACUUUGUACAAGUGUUUGGAAUGGCUAUGCUUUGAACAAAUUUGUGUUUCGGGUUACUGGUUAAAAGGUCAAGGUCACUUUUACUAUUUUUAUAAAAACUUUGUCAUCACUCUAUCGACUUCUGUUAUGGCAAUACCUUGAACAAAUUCUUGUUACCUUUAAAUCUGAAAAUUAUACUAAACCAUGGCCACUUAUCAUUAAAAAUGUACCAGGAUUUUAAUAGAAAACCUUGUGGCUUGGUUACUAUAUUAUAAGUUGUUUGCUAUGAUUUUAAACAUCACAUAUUUUUGUAUUAUAAAACCCAAUUCUUUCUAUGUGCAAAUUGAUUUAGCAGUUUGCAAAACUAUUUAUUACCAUUUGAAACUUCUACCUGUAAGUUUGUACUUGUGUUUAUAACACCGCGUGAUUGUGUUUAUAACACCACGUGAUUCUGAUCCCAAAAAUCCAGCAAAGACACCAUCUGUUUGUUCUGAUAUCUCCUGUAGAUAAUAUCUGUCAGCCUGUUGGUAACAGUACACAAUUAUAACAAUUAA